AUGGUACCCACCAAGCAGACAGCACGCAAGUCGACCGGCGGCAAGGCGCCCCGCGGGCAGCUCGCCACCAAGGCGGCGCGCAAGUCGGCCCCCGCCACCGGCCCGCUGCGCUUGGUUCUCGAAUCGCCCAAAUUGAAGGAGAAUGCAUGCGAGAUGUGGACGCGGCAGCAGCAAGGCGAGUUCACCGACGCCGUCAUCAAUGUGCAGCACCGCGCCUUUCAAGUCCACCGCGUCGUGCUCGCUUCUGCCUCGCCGUACUUUCAGAAGCUCUUCAGUUGCGGCAUGCAGGAGAGCAACGCCUGCAGCGUCACGCUGCCCGACAUUACCGCCGACAUCUUUGAAGCCGUGCUCCGCUUCAUGUACAUGUCGGAAGUGGAGCUCCCGAUCGAGGAUGCAGACAUGCUUCUCGAGAUGCUUCUCGAGCUCGUGCAGGCGGCGGCGUAUUUCCAGGUGACGCCGCUGCUGAAGACUGUCGAGUCGGAGCUUUGCGGCCAGGUGAACGCUUCGAAUGCCCUGCAACUGCUGACCUUCGCAGACACCUACGAAGUGCCGCAGCUUUACGCCAAGGCGCUACGCGCGGCGCGGCGCGACCUCGAGCUCGUGGCCACCCAACCGGCCUUCAACGCCGUGUCGCUGCCACGGCUGCUCUCGCUCCUCAUGUCGGUGCGCGCACCGCGAGGCUUCGACAUCGGCGUCACGCAGUCCGCGGUGACUUGCUGGGCCCGCGCCAAACGGCUUGAGAACGUCGACACGUUGGCCGUGCUGCUCGCCACGACGAGUGUGCGUGGCGAACGCGCUGCGGUCGUCGACGGGCGCAUGUUCGUCCUUCGAGGUUGCGUUUCCAUUUCAGUCUCCGAGGGCGAGGCCGCGCCUCGACUUGAGGCCGCGCCUCUCUUGCUGCGCGCAUUCGAUCCGGCGAUGGGCACGUGGCAGCCGUCGUCGUCGUGGCAGUCCGCUGAGGCGGCCGCUGGUGAGGACCUCAUCGCAGGUGGCUCCUUCAUGCCGGCCCUCGUCGCGCUCAACGGCAACCUGUACGCCGUCAACGCCGGCCUUCGCUCGCAAAAGCGCUUGCUCUUUCCCACGCCGAACACGCACCCACCCGAGACCACCGACGAGCUCGCUGCCAUGCGCGUGUUCAUCCCGGCGCCCCCGAUUCCUUGGGACCGCGCUGGGUCGCUGCCCGGAAGGUGGGAAAACGCUCCGCCCAUCCCUUUGGGCCGCAGCAACGCUGUGGUUGCGAGCUUCGGCGCGACGCUGAUCGUGGCUGGCGGGCUGAGCCGCAGCAGCGCCGACGGCGACACCUUCGAGUGCCUCGCCCGCUGCGACAUCUUCCACCCCGACCGCGGUGCAUGGGUCGAAGGCCCGGCCAUGCUCGAGCCUCGGUGCGACGCUGCUGCCGUGGUGUUCGAUGGCGCUCUGUACGUCAUCGGCGGGGCCAGCUCAAACGGCCAGCCACUCAGCACGGUCGAGAAGCUGACGAUGGACGGCGGCUGGCAGCCGGCACCGUCGCUGAAGCAAGCGCGCCGCAACGUAACGGCCUUUGUCUUCAGCGGCUCGCUCUUUGCCGGCAGCUACUCGACUGUGCUGAGUGGCAGCUACUCGCCGGCCGUUGAGAAGCUGCUGCCCUCCGGCGAGUGGGUGGUCCUACCCGAGCAUGCCACGGCAGGCGGCGGUGCCAGCGUGGGCUCAAGCUCAGCCGGCGGCGCGCAGAUUGCCGAGAGCGCGCAUAAUGUGCGCGCCGCUGACCGGCGCUGCAACUACAUGCGCAGCCUGGACGGCACUUGCUUCGACAUCGCCUACCCCACCAUCCCGAUGGAUUGGGCGGCGCGUAUCGCGCCGUACGAUGUGCUCUACGUGGCGUCGGCCGGCAGCGCAGGCGAGGGCCUCUUCACGAGUGCGCCGCUCGCGGAGGGGCACCUCAUCGAGCUGACGGGCCGCCUCAUCGAGACGGCCGAGGCCGAGCGCGCGUACGCCUCAAGCUUUCUUGAGAAGUACGCUGUGGCCUUGGACGAGAGCGGGGAGAGCUGCAAGUGGUAUCUCGUGCCCGAGCCCAACGGCGGCGGCCUCGCGCUCUACUUUGCCAAUUGCGGCGACGAGCAGACACCCUGCAACUGCGAGAUCGUGACGUUGGCAGCCGCGGGGUGCGCCGUCCCGCACGUGCGCCUCUUCCUUCGCACGCGGGCAAUCGCGACCGACGAAGAGCUGCGCUGGGACUAUGGUCCGCAGUACAACCGCAGCUGGCUCGCCAAGAAGGCGAGGAACUGA